GGCUACUAGGGACUCUUAAUUUGGAGGCGGUAUUUUGUUGUACUCAUAGCUGAAGCUGGAAAUUUGAAAAAGAGAUGUUUUAAGAAGGGUGUUAAUGUUUAUUAUAAGAUUAAGCUGUAAAACAGUAACGGCACAGAGAAGCAGCAGCAGUGUUACUUUUAGCUUUAUUGCAGGGAUUUCUGCAGUUUAAAGUCUUUAUUAGAAACCUGCACUGUGUUAAUAACAGCAGCAGCAGCAGUGUGAAUUAGUGUGUAUACGGAUGGAGCUGGGUGGGCUGCUGCCCCCGGGGCAGGUGUGGGGGGCUGCGGUGGGGAUGCCCGGUAAACGAAGGCGCAGUGAUGUAAGCGGUAUUAACGGAGGAUUUGAUGGAGAAAACGGAGCUACAUAUCCCUCAUUCCCCACCCAGACACUCCGUACCCCAAUCACGCCUUCUACACCUUCCAGCAGACACAGUGGGUUUGUGAUGAUUGAUGGUCAGAGAGGUGUUUAUUACUCUGAGAGCUGGGAGCCCAGUGGUAGCACGCUGUACCUGCCUGUGGUCGGCACUGUGCUGGCCAACAUGACCAAGUACGACCAGAUCAGCUUCGAGCAGGGCUGCUUCUGCAUCGGAGACGAGAACGGCAGGUUCCAGCACAAAGCUCAAGGUCAAGCUAUGAACUGCUGGAGGUACAGUGAACAGGACAGGAAGCUCUUCAUCUCACUGUCCUACUUAUUUACCAAUGCUCAAGUCUUCCAGGAGAUGUUAAGUUCUCUGGAGAGUCUAUGAGGAAAUUGGACUGGAAUAUGAUACAAAUUCAGCAUCAUAAAAACAAGACUGGACCAGACUGGUCCAAUGCAGCCAUAUAGCUGAACUUUUGUAUUUCAUAGGGCACCAUAUAGCUUUGCACACAUUAAUCCUAGCCAAUAGACCUGCUUUUUACAUUUUUACUGCAGUGUUUUCUGCGUUUCUAAGUUCCUUCCCCUCCAGAGCCUCUUUCAGCUCUGUCAGAAACGCUUCACGACUUGAAUGCAUCAAACAGUUGCACAUGAAUAAAAUAAUAAAAUACACAGACAGACUGCAGAGAAUUGUGUUGAUUUGAGUUUAUUCAUGUGCAGCUGUUUGUCACAUUUGAACCGUAUAAAUCCGCAGCGUGUUUUUGACGGGAGAGUGUGUUUAGCUUUGUUUUGCCGUGACGUUGCGAGUGCGCUGUGAAAUUGGCGGCGGAAUCCCACAGCUGUGCGUAAACAGUUUGUUUUGUGGGGUUUUAUUGUGCAGUCUGGUCUUUAGCAUUCUCCGCAGAUCUGAUGCUGUGUAUCUACAGCUGUGAGUAAAUCCAGGCUGGCUGCGUCCAAGGCCGCGGGUGCAGAUGCCCCGAUGUACUGUGCCCGCUGUUUGCCUGGCAGCUGUAGAGUUUGUGCCGGAGAUUUUCUGUAGCAGAUUUUGGGGCAGAACAUGUUUACUGAGUGUGUUCUCUGCUUUAAUGCAUCUGGUUUAACUGGUCAGGUGAUCCUGAAAAACAGAGUACAAAAAGAAGUCGUUGCCAAAUAUGUUACAUUUCUGUUUUAUUGUUUUACAUUUCAGUUACAGUGUACACCAUUCAAGCAUAAUAGUAUGAGCCUCUCCUUGUUUCUACACUCAUUAUCUAUUUAUUGGUUUCUGCUUCAUUCAUUAUAUUAUAGAUUUUAGCCCUGUAUCUCUGUUUCCCUGCAUUCUGUAUUAUUAUGCUCAUUUCACCCAGGACCCCAAAGUACCACCACAGAGCAGUUAUUCUUAUUUGGGUGGUGGCUCAUAAUAUACUCAGCACUGCAGUGACACUAAUGGACAUGGUGGUGGUGUAUGAGGUGUUGCUGUGUGUUGUGCUGGUAUGAGUGGAGCAGUGCUGCUGGAGUUCUUAAACACUUUAGUGUAGGCAGCAUCCUGUAGGCAGUGUCCUGUAGGCAGCAUCUAAUGGCCAGUGUCCUGUAACCACUAAUGAAGGACAAGGUGGAACAGCUUCAGUAGGUAGGAGUGUCUAAUGGAGUGGAGGACAGUGAGUGAUUAAACACAGUGUUCAAAAACUCCAGCAGCACUGCUGCAUCUUAUCCACUCAUACCAGCACAACACAGACUGACUAACCUUAUAUGCCACCACCUUGCUGAUCAGUGCCACUGUAGUGCUGAGAAUGAAUAACCCACCACUACCCAAAUAAUAACUGGAUAGUGGGUGUAGAAACAAGGAGGUGGUCAUACUGUUAUGCUUGAGUGAUGUAUGUCCAAAUAUACUGUACCUUCUAAUGAAUGCAACAUUGAACUGCUUUAAGUUGCACCCAUUGCUGACACAGAUGUGCAACUGCACAGACACGCCUUUUCUUGUUACUGUAGAUAAGCAUUGCCAAUAGAAUAGGACUCUCUGGAGCAGAUAAAAAAAAACUGUUGUUACCAUGCCUAAUUCUAGGUGUGGGUUAAAGAGGGGUAUAAAACCCCAAGCACUCUGUAAUGAUUGUGGUCUGUCUAAUAUAUUACAGUGUAUUGUAAUAGUUAGUCUCCUUGCCAGAAUCUGACUCUCUUUGAGUGCAUGUUUGAGUGUAACAGAGUUCCCUCAGAUUAAUUGUAUAUGUGUUUAUAAAUAAGAGUCUCUCUAAAAUAAUCUACAGUUACAGUAGAUACAGAAAUCAACAAUGUAAUAUGUUGUUCACAUACUGCUGUGCGAAAAACUUGCACACCAAAAGGGGUCUGAUUUCAGCACAACACACCUUCAGCUUCUUUUUCAUCUUCUAUUGUUUAAUGUGUGACGUUAACCUCUGCCUUAAACCCCUGUAACUGGUUCAAAAAGUCUGAACCAUUUUUUUUUAAAAAGUGCUUACGCUUGUAGCUCAUGUUUGGCUGUUCUAUCAGUAAUGCAGUGUUCAAAUAGAUGCCUGGGCAAAGAUUAGGCAAGGUGUCUGAAUAUUUUUGUUCAUGUGGUGUAGUUGUGAAAGAGCAUGAAAGAUAUUCAGCCAGACAAUCCAACCACAAGAAUCUUGCUUUAAUCUAAAUUGUAUUAAUCAGCAGUGGAGUGGAGCGUGGGUCACAGCGUGUCACGUUGAGCUGUGGAUUUUUUAUUAUUAUUCCUGAUAGCUCUGGUCUCUUCCUGCCAGGAGAUAUUAGGGUCUGUUUGCAGAACUGUCCUUCUGUUCAGUAUCAUCCUUCUGUCUCUCAGUCUUCAGCCGGCGCGGCAGUGAUUAGAAGAGGGAACGAGGGAGAGUAGAUCAUUUAAAUAUGCCAAAUAUUGUACUUAUAUUGUACUGAUAUGGACCAAAUUGAAACUCAUGCCUGUCAUGAUACAUGUGUUUAGUUUGGACAAUAUUAUUGCCAUUUUGAGAUACAGUAGUGUAAUGAUACAUUCACAGUGAGUGUUUCAUUAUUAUACAUUUAUAGGCAAUGGAACUGGAAUCAGAAAUAAAACAUGAAAGAAAGAAAAAGACACAUUUUGACAUACUAUCUUAUUCAGAUUGAUAUCAUCUUAAUGUUCAGAUACAUAUUAGGCAAUAUAUUGGUCUACAACAAUGACUGAGCUCAUGUCCUUAUUUUAAUGUUCAUAUAUCAUUCAUAUAUAAGUUGAUACUGUAAUUAUCGUGACGGGCCUAAGUGGGAGAGUUCAGAGAGCUUUGUGAGCUUUUGGAAGAUGCUGGUCUUUUUUUUUUUUUUUUUGGUUAUGUACUGUAUUCAUUUGGUCACUGUUUCAUUUCAAAGUUUUUUGAUUGUUUUAUUAGAUUGUUUUUAGAUACUUUAAAUAAAACAAACAUAAGCAUCAAAAACAGUUUGGAGUGAUUAUGAAUGUCCAGGCAGCAAAUAACCACACCCACAGCUCUCUCGAUCACCAGCUUUCUCAGUAACCAGACACUUUUCAUUGAUUAAUCGAUUUACAAAUAAUUAGAGAUUACAUCUGUCUGAAAUACAAAACCAUCAAAUUGCUUGGAAUUAUAAAACGCUACUUUUAAGAAACGUAAGAAUCUGUUGUAAAUCAUAGUGGAUAAUAAAUUAUUUACAUAAGAUAACAAUC